ACGCUUACUCGCAAUCCAAAUAGCCUUAUUACUAUUUUCAUUUGCACCGACAAUACAAAAUCCCAAAUACAACAUAGAGACGAAAUUGCAGUGCACAAGAACGCAUCCUUUGUAACACGCACCAACGCCUGCACUAUCGCAACAGAUACCCAUAAAAAACAUGACCACUCGUCAAAAAACAGCAUUAGUUACAGGCUGCACCCCUGGCGGCAUCGGCCACGAACUCGCUCUAGAAUUCCUACGCCACGGCUUCCAAGUCUUCGGCACCGUCCGAUCCGAAGAAGCCAAAAAGACUCUUAUGAGCGAGGGCGUCAUAGCAAUCCAGCUUGAAGUCACUUCCGACGCGAGUAUUCUGUCACUGCGUGAUGAGAUUUCUCAGCGUGUGGAUGGGAAGCUGGACAUUCUCGUUAACAACGUAGGCGUGAGCCACACCGUCCCCGUGCUCGACCUAACAAUCGAAGAUAUGCGCAAGGUUUUCGAAAUCAACGUGUUUAGUUGUAUCCGUUUGGUGCAGGUUUUGGCCCCCCUUUUGAUUGAAGCGAAAGGAAAGAUCGCGAAUAUCGGGUCUGUUGCUGCCAUCAUACCGUACGUAUUCGGUGGAUGUUAUAAUGCGUCCAAGGCAGCACUACAUUCAUACACCGAUGCGCUUAGACUAGAGAUGGCACCUUUGGGUGUCCAGGUUGUCCUGGUCGUCACAAGUGGUGUGAAGAGUAGGAUAUCAGAUGUCAAGAAGCGGCUUCCACCAAAUUCGUUGUACAUGCCCAUAGAGGAAGGUUAUUUGUUCCGGCAAGGAAACUCUCAGAUAACGGCCAUGGCGACAGAAACCUAUGCACAGAAAGUCGUCAGUGACUUACUCAAGCCAACCUCCGAAACUUGGCUGUGGCGUGGACAUCAAGCAAGUCUGGUCAAAUGGCUUUCAUGGCUUCUUCCACGGGGAUUCUGGGACCGCUACUUUUCUAAAAAGUUCGGGCUUGAAAAGCUGCGCUCAUAGUGUUCAAAGGUUUGGGAUAUUUGGCCUAGUUAAGAACUCCCAGUUAUGUAUAGAGGCGCCGUUUCGUACGGUUUAAACAUAGUAUGUUUGAUUUGUUGUACUGCGUACGUAGUUAUACUUUGAUCGGCAUUUCUUCUCGCACGAAAUACCACUGGGAUAAGUGUAAUAUCUAGUAGAACACAUAAUUGUAGAUUUUAUCUCGU